UAAGGGUUAACUUAAGGUGACUACUUUAAUACACAUCUGGGUGGAUUGGUUAUGGCAUGUAACAUCCCAAAAUUUUCUAAAUUUUGGAAUGUUAAUAAAUAAGUAAUAUUGUAUGAAUUGCUUCAGUUUUCUCAAGAAUUUAAAACUUUUGAGCCCUUGUUUAAAUGUUUUCAAACCAUGUUAAAUAAGAAUUUGAUAACAUUUUUGUCCAAAAAAAGAAUAUGGUUUGGAAAGUUUAUUCAAGAAUUCAAAGGGCAUUCAAUUCUUUCGGAAUAUCCACAAUCAAAUAUAUGAGUGAGAAUAAAAUGACUUUCUCAAAUGUAGUGGAUGAAUAUUUUAUUGGGAGUUCUUUGAAUUAAUGAGUUUCAUUGAAAUUGGAUCUUAUAUCGAAUUUAAUGCCAAAUAUAAGUUAAUGAGAGGAGAUAAUGUGACUUCUCCAAAAAUAUAUUUGGAAAUAUUUAAUUUGUAAAAUUAUCGUUUUGUGAAUUUGCAAAACUCAAUAUCGAUUUGUUUGAGUAAGUUCAUUUAUGCCAUAAAAAGGUAAUAGUAGUUUGUGCAGAAAAUUAAUUUUAUGAAAUUCUGAAAACUAUUUUUUGUGGACUCUAAAUAAAAUUAUGAUUAACAUACACAUUUUAAUUAUUUAUUUUAGCAAUACUUUUAAUUCCAACAAUUUGUAAUUUCUUUAAAAAUUGUUUUCCGUUUGGGCUAAGGCCAUUUGUUUUUAUGGCGUAGCUGCAGCACAACCCACACUUUUCCCACUAAGGCCCAUCUCACUUUCGUUUAGCGCAAGGCCCAGGCGCUGUCUUCUUGUACCUCUCUUCGUUCAACCUUCAGGAACAGAGAGGAACAAGCAUGGCCUCCUCCUCUUCCUCCCCUCCUCCCAGUUAAUUCCUUGCCCGUUUCACUUCGGCGUCUACACAAAAAAUGCGGAGGACAUUAUUACGAGUCCAUUCAGGGAAUCAAAACUCAACAUUACUGCUUAAAUUCGUCGAAUGGAUCCGUGAAACGUACAUGCACGAACAGCCAUUAUUGGCCGCACUAAAAUCGUCCUGGAUCUCUUCGUAUGGACUUCCCUCGCACCUAUAAAUAUCAUCUCUGGAUACAUCCCACUCCCCUACAUCAUCACGCUCAAAAGCCCUCUCUACUUCGAUCCCUCCUGCGGGCAAUUGCUCGCCGGAAUCCGACAAAGCAUCGAAGUCCGACGACGAUUCCGUCGCGACCGAGCCGGAGCGCGCUGUUUUUCGUCAUCGCAUCCGCCGGAGCUCCGCCCAACUCCGGCGAGACCUCACGGUUGCCCGAGGACAGGGCCGAACCCUCCGUGGUUAUCCUCGAGCUUGCACGGGCCUCCUCUCCCGCGUACGCCGCUUGUACUACGCCGGAGCCCUCACCAACGCCGAACCCGAGCACCGCCGCCGUCUUCUCCAUCGCCGGCGACCUCAAGUCCGAUUGCGACGAGUGCGAAGGUGAAUUCUACGAGGAGGUAGAACCUUGUGACUACGAAACCAAAGAUCUUGACAGAUUAAGAGACGAUAGGGUUAUGGUCUACACUCAACGAGCCCAGUGGCGUUGAUGGAGCCUAACUUAGUGACUACGUAUAAUUCCACUGUAUUAUCUGCCAGCUUGAGCUGUGCCUAAGCUAUGAUCCAAGGAUAGCACAGUAAGCACACAGACUUGGAUUCUACCAAAUCCGGGUCGUUACAUGGCACCUGGGGAAUCCAGUGUUGUCCAAGGAGAUCCCGGGGUAUCCGUGUGACCAUCCUAUGGUUUGCCACCCAGGCUCAAAGGGAUCAUAAGAUUAUUCAUGCUAGAAACUUCUGUGUGCAGC